UCCACGUUUGGUAGCUACCCCGUCGGAAGGGAUUCCCCGCGGCGGGUGGUGGUGGCGGUCAGGUCAUAGCCGGGGGUUGAAGAGAGCGUGAGAAGGGUACAGGCAGAAGCAGAGGGUACAAGUUACCUGCGCGGCCCAGGCUAGAACGGACGACCGACUCUUCACGACGGCGAAGGCGAGUCACAAAACAACGACUGAUGGCAGGCCGGCUAGUCAGCUUGCUCUUCUUCGUUCUUCUCGUAUACCUGGCACGAUUGCUGCAGCGUAAUCGCGAGGCGCUCAAGUCCUCCGCAUCGACGACAUCGUAAGUCCGCGCCGCUUAGCUGUCCGCGGUCGUCAGUUCUUCGAGCCCGUGAUCUUGAACAACCGAAGCCGCCAAGAUGAUGAAGAUGAAGCAGCAGGGCCUAGUGGCCGACCUCUUGCCCAAUAUAAGGGUCAUGAAGUUCUUCGGCCACUUUGUAUUCAAUUAUUACGAUGAUAAUUCGUCCAAGUAUUUGCAUAAAAUAUUCUGCUGUGUAAAUUUAUUCCUGCUGCUACUGCAAUUCGCUCUGUGCGCGGUGAACCUGAUAAUCGAGAGCGCCGACGUCGACGACCUCACGGCCAACACGAUCACCCUCCUCUUCUUCACGCACAGCAUCGUCAAGAUCAUUUACUUCGCCGUAAGGAGCAAGUACUUCUACAGAACGUGGGCGAUAUGGAACAAUCCAAACUCCCAUCCGCUCUUCGCCGAGAGCAACGCUCGAUACCAUGCGAUCGCCUUGAAGAAGAUGCGACUAUUGCUUUUCUUGGUCGGCGCUACCACUGUGCUCAGCGCGAUAGCUUGGACUGUGCUGACUUUCUUCGAGCACCCCAUCAGGAAACUUGUAGACCCAGUAACGAAUGAGACGACGAUCAUCGAGUUGCCGCAACUGUUGCUCCGUUCCUACUAUCCGUUCGACGCCAGCAAAGGGAUAAUGCAUGUGAUAGUCUUGAUAUACCAAUUCUACUGGGUGCUCUUCAUGCUUAUCGACGCAAACUCCUUGGACGUACUCUUCUGCUCGUGGCUUCUGUUCGCUUGCGAGCAACUGCAACAUCUCAAGCAGAUCAUGAAGCCCCUCAUGGAGCUGAGCGCGACGUUAGACACAGUGGUCCCCAAUAGUAGUGAACUCUUCAAGGCUGGUAGCGCAGAGCAUCUUCGCGAGUCGGAGAAUCAACCGCCGCCACCCGUACCGCCCCAAGGCGACAGUAUGCUGGAUCUCGAUCUUCGCAAUAUAUACAGUAACCGGCAAGAUUUCACGGCAACCUUCCGGCCGACAGCUGGCAUGACUUUCAACGGUGGUGUAGGGCCCAACGGGUUAACGAAGAAGCAAGAGAUGCUCGUGAGGAGCGCCAUCAAAUACUGGGUGGAAAGACACAAGCAUAUCGUCAGAUUGGUCACCGCGGUCGGAGACGCGUAUGGUUUCGCUCUUUUGCUGCACAUGCUGACGACAACCAUCACGUUGACGUUGCUCGCCUAUCAAGCGACAAAGGUGAACGGUGUAAACGUCUACGCGGCCUCCACUAUCGGUUACAUAAUCUAUACCUUUGGCCAGGUCUUUUUAUUCUGCAUAUUUGGAAAUCGUUUAAUAGAGGAGAGCACGUCGGUGAUGGAAGCAGCUUACUCUUGCCAUUGGUACGAUGGGUCGGAGGAAGCCAAGACGUUCGUACAAAUCGUGUGUCAGCAGUGUCAAAAAGCGAUGUCAAUUUCGGGAGCGAAAUUCUUCACAGUAUCCUUGGAUCUCUUCGCUUCGGUAUUGGGAGCCGUGGUGACCUAUUUCAUGGUGCUGGUACAACUGAAGUGAACACGUGGCUCUGCGUGUUCCAAAUGCAAGCGCAGCGAUUCGUGUUGCACGCGAUUGCGCAAGACUAUAUUUUGUAAAACGAUUUUUACGAGGGACCAAACAUUCGUGUUAAGAAGGUUUCCGCCGGAUGUGUCCCGCUUCAUCUUUAUUGGCGCGUAGUAGUAAUCUAUUCGAACUUGCUGAGUGGAAAGUCACAAGAAAUUAUGCAUUUUCAGACUAAUGCUUCACGCAACAAUGAGAAACGAAUGGUUAUUUUGACAAACUUAAACAUGCGUCAUCCUCGGACACGGAAAUUUGUCUGAUUUCUGCUUCAAACGCGGCGAUUAACGUGGCGGAAAGAUCGUUAUUUUUAUUAUUGCCCGAAUCUCAACUCGGAAGGAGAGAGUCGUAAGAAUUGGAAAGUUCGCUUAUUAACACUCGAAACAAUUUUAACGAGUAACUCCGUAGUAUGAUUUUCCACUACAUGCCUACCGUGCGCGUAGUAUCAGUGAAAGGAAGAACGGUAACGUAAAAGCACCACAGUCGCGAAUAAUUUUCACGCAGACAUUAAUUUCACAUAAGUCGCAAUGCUUGGGGAAGAUAUACGCUAAUGUUAUUCACGUGGUGUAUUGUGGCGGCUUAUACCGAUGGUCCACGUGUCGUAUGAUCGACAACGAGCCACGUAAUAACGAAUGAAGAAUUAGUAUCUCUGUUUACAGCAUUGUUUAAUAAUUUCGCGUUAAUGCAUUCUUGAGAUCAUCGUGUUUACGACUUACGAUUUGAUUAAAACUCGAGACUCAAGAACUGUCAAGCCCAGAUAAAGCAGCGCGUGUAUAUUAACAUAAUUAAACGCUCGAAUGACGUGUAAAUAAGGCGAUUAUAUUUUUUGUAAGCUCGAUAAUGCUCUAAACUAUAACGUUAUUAAAUUUCACAGUAGCACGCUUUAACAUCGUAUACGCAACGCUUCGCAAUUUUCGUUGUUAGUCGUUUAUUACGUAGGAAGUAAAAUUACUACUAAUUUUCAUUAGAACUUCGCGCUCAAGAUUGCGAAAUUAGAUCGCGAAAAUUGUUAGAUGCUGUUUUUAUUUAGUCUUGCGGAUUUUGCUGUUUCAAGCCGCAAACACUAAUUAACUUCCCGAAUUGACUUCUUUCUGUCUCUUGCAGCCUCUUAUUAUUAGUAGCGACAGUCUUAACCCUUCACGAGUUAUCGUAGAAAAUACGUUCCGCACGCAGUACAACGAUUUAUUGAUCUCCGUAUUUAUUAUGUCGCACUUAAUCCUACGCGAUGAGGAUAGGCGCACACAAUAACACGUGAAACGAUCCCAUUGACUUUGCUUCUUACCACACGUUUACUGGAGGGUUAAGUACAGGAAUUCGUCGGUCAAAUACGUAACAAUUAAGAAAAGAUACGUAGCGAGUCUAUCGCGGGAGGAAAACAGAACUGUCUGUCGUCCUGUCGGUAUAAUGAUGAGAGGAGAGAUGAGACAAACGUCACGACGGAACGAAUUUGAUUCGUUGACGGUACGUCAAUUAUUAUAUGGUACAAUUAUGGGGAACAAUAUAUAUAUAUAUAUAUAUAUACAACUUGGAUCUACAUACGAUAAAUAAGUAUAGGAUGUCCCAUUACUGUCGCGACAAUCACGAAUGGUAGAUUCGUAGUUCUGAGACAUUUCCGUAUCGAGACAUUCGUCUGAAAAUAUCCCGAGAAAUCUGCCGUGUCGCGCAUGUGUCUCAACAAUAGUGAAACAGCCUGUAUAGAAUAAGACAUAUAUUUUCAUUACACGUAAAAUCAUGUGGGUGGGCAAUACGUAUACCUAAUGUACCUCGUUUUUUACAUCUCUCGUAAUAUCUCUCGGUGUGUCUCUGGUGGUAUUUAAUUUUGUCACUUAUAUAUAAAGUAUCCAAGAAAACAGCGGAUGUUCGCACGUGCAUGGCUGCCCAUUCUGCCCGUUAUAGUCAUAGAUAUUAUUAUAACUAUUAUCGACGCGGAUAUCGUAUCACGAGGCGACGCGCGAUGUUUCUCUCGGAACACGUUAGCGGAGUAUACGUUAAACGAAAAUACGUUGAACGUCGCCAAAGCGGACACGACGAGGUAUGCCUGACGAUAUCGGUGGUCGAUAUCUACUUCGACUUUAAUUGAACGUGUACAAUUAACGUAUAUAUGUAUAUUUAUUACAAUUUAUCAAACUUAACCGAUAUAAAAGUCACAGUAUUAUCAAAUAGUUUUUCUCUGUGUAAAGCUGUACUAUAUUUAUUUAAUAAAAUCUUGAUAUAUAAACGUUCA